UUGGACGAAAUUCAUUAUAAAAAAAUCAUGAAAGGUUUUGGAUGGCUUUUAUUUCUCGUGCAUUACAAUGGAAUUACAGGCAGCAUAGCUACAUUUAUGUUUAAACAGAAGGCUGUCAAAGUGAGUGAUAUUUUGGACCUUCGACCUUAUUUUCCCGGAAAGAGCUCCCGAAGUCCUAUCGAAUGUAGCCGAUCCUGCUCCAGAGUUGAGGGUUGUAUUUCAAUGAUAUACGAUAAAGACUCGCAUGAGUGUAGAAUCUUCAAGUCCGACAUUGCCGAGAGAAAGCGAGAAGAGUCGCGAGACUUUGACAAGAAAACACCCUGGGUGUACUAUCAUAUAAUUAAAGAAUGCGGUCCAGACGAAACUUUCUGCCCCAAGGAGUACUCAUUUACAUCGGAUCUCUGUUUCUGUUUCCAAUAUUUUCCGGGAAAACUCAACCAUGUAGCUGCCACACUGAAUUGCCGAGCAAGCAGCGCCAUGACAUCCCACAACGUGAACAGAAAGACUAACCUUGCCAGAAUCGACAGCCCGGCCAAACAGCAGAAAAUUGAGGAUUACUUACGUUCUAUAGAUACGAAGACCUCUGGGGGUUUUGUCUUCAUCCAGGGAGAACAACUGGGAAACAGAUGGUACUACAGUGAUGCAAGAACACCUCUAAAGUAUACUAACUGGGCUGAAGGCGAGGGAACAAACGAAGACGAAGAACACAUCGCCCUAUCAGUGACAAAUUUCUCCUGGUACAGCAAAGACAACGAGUCAGAGUACCCUCAGUUGUGCGAGAUUCCUCCUCCAGACUAUUUAUUUGUUCCCUAACAGGAAUUCCAUGUCUUUGUUCUGGCAAUGGUUUGGUGGGAUAUACAUGUAUAGAUAGGCAAAGCUUCGAAUAACUUGAAUAUUUUUCUGUUAUGUUCUACUUUAUAAUAUCACAUAGUGAGACUUCUCCCACAGGAGGACUCCUCCUGUAAACUGGUAAAGGAUAACUAUGUUAUGAUGGCGAAUCUUCCCCCACGGGAACCGAUGGUUACAUGUAUAUAGUGCCUCCUGACUCCUACAUACUGAGGCUUCUCACUGCACGUGAUAGGUUUGAAUUAUAACUUCCUCAUUCCAGGGAAAGUGAUCCCCCUUUCCAAAUUUUCAUAGUAUUGUAACUUUUUUCCUCCAGGAAAGGAUAUUUAUUUGAUUCUAAGGGAAAGAGAAAGAAUACCUAUGUACAGGACUUUUUCUGCACAAAAUUAAUUCGGAUGUAAUUAUUACGAACAUAGGUGAAAAUGUCCAUCGUUCUGCAAAUAAGAAAGUGAAAAUUAAAUCUCAAUCAUAACUAAAUUUUCUCUGAUAUUUUGGUAUCUAUUAAUUAAGAUUAUCUUUUUCCAGAAUUUUUUUGACUCAAUAAACUCGAGAAAGGUACACAUUGACAUAUCGUCAUAGAUGCCCUAUUCGUGUUGAGUUAUUCAGCUGCGCAUUUUCUAUAAUUUUGAAAAUUUUGAAAUUUGCAAUAUAAGAACAGUUAUUUAAUACAAUUGCAAGUCAUCUCAGCGAGAUUCGUAGAGACUAAAAAUUUAAUAUAUAUAAUUUGUACUGACGUCUCUUAAUUUUUCUUAGUCUCGACGAAUCUCGCUGAGAUUAUUGCCAGUAGUGAAGGACGUUUUAUAAUAUUCGUCUCGCAUAGACACUGCAAGGGGCUUUGAAAAAGUCUCGCGGAACUCGGAUGUAUCUAAAAAAUCGUUUGUACUAUGAACUGAAUUUCAAAUAUAUGUUACAAUGUACCGGUAUUAUAUAUAAUUCUUGUUAUAAGUUACUGUAAACUGUACACAUAGAAACGUUAAGUUGUUCGUUCAUA